UUUCCUCCGGACGCGAAAGUCCAUCGACUUCGCGAGGCAGCUGGAUGCCCAAGACAAACUCGAGCCAUUCGGAGCGAUUUCAACAUUCCCACCAAGGCCUCUUUGAAGAAGAGGGCUCUCAACGGCAGCAUUCCAGAGUAUGGCGUUUCUCAAAGCAACGGCGACAUGGACGAUGACGCCCCGUCCAUAUACUUUGUCGGCAACUCGCUGGGCGCCCAGCCAAAAUGCACCCGGACAAAGCUCGAGACAUGGGUCUCUGUCGGCGUCAACGGCCACUUCACUCCUCUGGAGAGCUCGCCUCUAACAGCCUGGCAAGACAUGGCCGCCGACUGUGCGCAACAAUCGCUUGACCUCCUUGGCGCCGCGUCGCCCGGAGAGGUCAUCUAUAUGAACACGCUGACUGUGAACCUGCACCUGAUGAUGGCAAGCUUGUACCGCCCUACCGAGAAGCAGCACAAGAUUAUUGCCCAGUGGAAGCCCUUUCCCAGCGAUUCCUACGCAAUAGCCUCCCAUCUCCAAUGGCACGGCCUCUCGCCUUCCACCUCCCUCAUCGAAAUCCACCCCGACAACUCACAAGCAAUGUCCAUCUCCACCGAACACAUCCUCCGCGUCAUCGACGAGCACGCUGACAAAACCGCCCUCCUCGUCCUGCCGGGAAUCCAGUACUACACCGGCCAGCUGUUCGACAUCCCGCGUAUCACCGCCCUCGCCCACGCCGCAGGCAUCCCACAGGUCGGGUGGGACCUUGCCCACGCCGUCGGCAACGUGGAGCUCUCCCUGCACGACUGGAGCGUCGAUUUCGCUGUUUGGUGCACGUAUAAGUACCUCAAUUCUGGGCCGGGGGCGAUCGCGGGGAUGUUGGUGUAUGAGCGGCACCACCACAUUGCACCUGCGUCAUCAGAUAGUGAUUCAUUGGGAUACAGACAUCGUCUAGCGGGUUGGUACGGCGCGGACAAGAGCGUGCGGUUCAACAUGGAGAAGGAGUUCCGUCCCGCCGAGGGCGCGCACGGCUGGCAGGUGUCGAACCCCAGCGCCGUGGAGUUGGCGUGUGUGCGGGCUGCGCUGGGGGUUUUUCGGCGGACGAGUAUGAGGGAGCUGAGGGAUACGGCGGUUGUGUUGACGGGGUAUUUUGAGUGGUUUUUGAAUGGCUUGGUCGAGGACAAGGUUGGGAUGGGGGAGGACGUGCAGCCGGCGUUUCGGAUCAUCACGCCUGGGGACCCGUUGGAGAGGGGGUUGCAGUUGAGUUUGUUGCUGAGGAGUGGGCUGUUGGGGAAGGUGAGUGAGAGGCUCGCGGAGGGAGGGGUGGUGGUUGACGUGAGGAAGCCGGAUGUGAUCCGUGUGGCGUCGGUGCCCAUGUAUUGCAGAUUUCAGGAUGUCUGGGGGUCCGUGGAGGUGUUCAAGAAGCUCUCAAAGAAGCCUGAUAGACCGCACCAUCGAGAAGCAAAGAUUUCCCAAGCUGCAUCUAGGUAUGCAAAUACCUUCCAUUGCAAACCUCUAACUCUCAGGAACUCCAGUUGAACGAUGGAAACAAUCAGAACCUUCUCCUGCCGUCAUGAGCCCUACUCCUUCCUAGCUCGCCCAUCCAUGACCGCAUCCCUCUUCACUGACCACAUCCUUCCCGCCGUCGACGACCGCCUUGUUCUCAUUGUCCAGCGUAGCGACCCAGACCUCGACUAGCAUGAAUGGCUCGUCGGAGAUAUAUGGUUCCACAACUGAUGCCUUGAGCAAGAAGCCGCUGCCGA